GUCUGUAUAUAAAUUGGACCUCCCUCGUAGCCACGUAGCCACGUAGCCAUGUCCACAACGACUGGUCUUGCCGGAGACGCUUUUGAGGCCUUCAAAAGUGGGAACCACCAGCAGUGUGGUAAAUGCCUGGAGCAGAUCUUAGGUCAGAAGACAGGUGGAGCAGAUGUCAAGGCGGCUCACAAUGCAGCCGUCAAUGCAUACUACAAUUCUAGCUGUUCGGAUCCGCAGGAUCUUCUCAGCAAACUCUCCACCCAGUACGACCGAGCUCGAGAGCAAGACAAGAAGGACAAGGGAAAGCGAAAAAAGGAGGAAGACGAGGAGGAUGCCAUGCGUGACGAUGAUGAUUUGUAUGUGCUGAGGUACAAUCAGGCACUCCUGUGUGUCCAGCUGCGGCAUUAUGCCCAAGCGAGGCACAUUCUCGAAGAGCUUUUCGAUAACAUCGAGCCAAUUGAUGACUUCCUGGCCAUCAAGAUUUGCUUUCUCCUCCUGGAGCUGUGUUUGCUGCAGCGGGAGCCGGAGCAAGGGGUGCCAGUGUUGCAGGUUCUUGAGAAACCCAACGCCUUCCAUAGCCUUCUGAAGCCUGAACGCCCUAGUGCUAAAAGCCUGGAGGCGCCUCAAAUGGAUGAGGAGGAGGAAGGAGAAGAUGGCCACUUGCGAGACGAGGAUGGGGAACCAAAGGAAGACCUAGAAGCCACAGUAGCUGAACAUGUUGACAUACCCAAGCCUGAAAAGCAGGAGAUUCACGGACCUUUGCCCAGCCUUGUGUUCGGAGCUUUCUUGACGAGACACGGACGAGCUCCCGACACCAUCUCGCCUGCAGAAUUCAAAUUCAACUGCUUUGUGUACCGGCUUCGGAUCCACAUUGCAUUGAGGAGCAUGAGUGCCGCCAAAAAGGAUGCCAAGAAAGCCAUGGAGCUCUGGGAGCAGCUGCAAGGCGUGCCCAUCCUUUGGCCUCAUAAACUCAACGAGGCAGAAGACAUGCAGGAGGACCCUGUGAGGCAAGUGUUUACCUCCCAUGAGAAAGCCAAAGUGCACAUGCUCAAAGCGUACUUGGAAUAUGCCAAGGGCAAUUUCCGCAAAGCGCUCAAGCUAAUGUCACUUUGCCGCUUCAACUUUGCAGCGGCUGGCAAACCUAUGGAAAUCGGGCGGGCUGCUCACAAAGAUGAUGACGUUGAGGAUCACAUACCUACAGACUUUCAUCCAGCUCAAGAUGAUGCUUGCUCCCCUUUGUUCUUCAACAACAUGGGUUGUGUGCACUUCAUGAUGCACAAGCCAAAUUUAGCAGCAUACUACUUCAGCAAAGCCCUUGCAAAGUCAAUAGCUCCCGCACAGUCAAAAGGAGCUGCUGGUGAUCCUGGCAGAGAUGUGCUUCUGUCUGCCCGAACUGGGUUGGACGAGCCAGGCUUCGCGGCUACAAAGCAUUGGCUCGACAAACGAUCUGAAAUCACAUUCAACGUGGGGCUUCAGUUCUUGUUGACCGGUCGAUCUGCCCAGGCCUCCAAGUGCUUCGAGCAAUGUGUACCAGUUUUUAGGAAUUGGCCCAGAUUGUGGAUUCGAAUUGCCGAAUGCUGCAUUGAAUUGCGACAGUCCAACAAAGCUGGGGACAAGAGCAAAGAAGCACAACCUACCGGACCUGCCUCUCAGACCUUCCAGUCAUGGAAUAGAUCAAAGACUGCGCCAGGCUUGGUGCCAUCAGGAAGUUCUCUUUGUGAUUCCCUUGGCCCAACCGCACUUGGAUCAGGGAUUUCAAAGUUGGCAUGUGGAGCACAGGGCUUUGGCAUUCUCAGACGCGUGCUUAUGAUGGUCGACAAGAUGAGCAUGGUUGGGAAAAUGGGGGGAGAGGAUGUAGAGCGUACUGGGCCUGCAGGGGCUGCACCAGCACCUCCUGGUCGAAGUGAUGAUGUGGUGACCGACCCCUUGAUAGCUGCAGCAAUGUGCCUGAAGAAUGUGCUCAUCCUGGUUGAGCCCACCCUUCGUGCUGCUGACGCAGACGGAAGCUCUCGGCAAGCCUCAGGUAAUUCAAAGCCAGGGCCGAACGACACUGCAGAGAUUGAAGCAAACUUGCUGGAGGAUGCAGCACUGCUCAAGCUCUCAUGGAUUUCUUUGUGUCAGCGUGAUCAUGUGCCAGCCCUGCGAUAUAGCAAGCGGCUUCUAGAAAAGAACAACCUGCUUAUUCCAUCGAGUGGGGACAACACAUCUCGGAUGACUCCCGAAGCUGGACUUGAAGAUCUGAAGAAGAGUUGGACGUUUCAGGUUCAGAACCUGCCGUAUUCCAAAGACAAACAGACUGUGCAGUCCAAAUUUCCUUCCUCCAUGGGCAGCAUCGCCAGCGCGGUGUCGUAUGCAGCCGAAGCUUUGUUGAUGGGGGGACGAGCUGUGGAGGCACGACAGCUGAUGUCAACCUUUGGUGAGAAGUCCCUUGGCAAAGGUCUUCACCUCCAGGCCCAGCAUGUCCAGGAUCAAGAGAAGAGCGCACCGCAUUCGGUGCCCGUCCUGGAGAGAAUGGAUAAGAAGGAAGAGGGGCUCUUUGAAGGCUGCCCUGCACAGGCCUGUGGUGGUGGACUGCCACCGACCGCCUCCAUGGGCGGACUAACUCCACCUGGCUACUCGAUUUGCUGUGCUGCAGCAACGCACCAGCCUCAUCAGGGAAGGGACCGCGAUGCAAAGGGAGAGACAGAGAGAGAUAAGGGCAAGGAUGGGGCCUUUGCAGUCUUGGUGAAUUAUGAAAACGCAUCUUUCCCUCCACUGGGAGAUAUGCAGUGCACGAUGUUCACAAACCUCGCGGGCGUGUAUGCCCAGGAUGGUGCCUUCGAGGAAGCACAGAGGGCUUGCGAAAAGGCAUUGCAAAUCCAGCCGAAGGCACUUUUGCCACUGCGGACGCUGGCCUACUUGUAUGUGAGGAAAGGAAUGCCAGGCGAGGCUAUGAAGCGCCUGAAAGAAGGGCAGCCUAGGAAGUAGAGGUGCAUAGUUCGAGGCAAAAGUCCCGAGAGAUGGCACCAUGCAAUGGGUGAA